CGUGUUUCUCGUUGCGCUAUUCGCUCUUUUAUUUUUAUCCCUUUUUUAUCGUUCUCGUUCUCAUUGUCAGUGUUGGCAAUUACCGUUCUUUUGCUUUUUACUUUGUUUUCGCUUAUUUAACCUUCUUUAUUUUUCCUCUUUAAUUUGACACGCACGCACUCGCUCACCCACACUCACUCACGCACCCACACAGGUUUAUACAUUUAGCAAUCGGUCAUGUCAGAUAUUAGCAACGCGCGAAAAAGACAGAGAGAAGACCCGUCCGAAUGUCCCCGCCGAGUGUCCGCAGCCUCGCUCAGCGCCAUUAUCAACCCAGACCCGGAGCCGCCAAAAGUCAUUUCGUCGCCGACAUUCCAGCAGACCGAAGCCAGACCGCCAAGCCCGCUGCGGCUGGAGACCAACAUUUUCGGCACACGGCCGGCCGAGGAUAUUGUCCGCGUGGUUGCUGACUUUAUGUACACGCAUUUGAAGGAUAGGGCAAACAUUGAGAUUGAAGGCAAGCUGGGCCGGCUGGUGGACAGGAAAACGGGCGUGCGGAUCAGCCUGCCUGUGUUGAGCGAAACGGUGCUAGGCGACGACAAGAAUCUGCGGUUCGAGUCCAACAUGACGCUGUCGCAGCAUGCGGUGUUUAACAAGAUACUGAACCAGCGCGUGGACGAGACGCGCCGGCCAGAGUUUCGCGGGUCCAGGGUCGAGUACAAGCACACAAAGGAGAUUGAUCAUUUUUACAAGGUGGACGGCACGCGGGUUCGGGUGACCACCGAUAAGGAAAGCGGUGAAGUCCUGUCGGUGAUUACGAAGAACCGUGUGGCUGACUUGAACAUUUACUCGCCACGCACCAAGCUGGACAUUCGCAUCACGAUCAACGAGGAGCAACCAAUGGAAAAACCUGAUAUGGAGGCAAAUAAGCCGAUUCUGGAGCGCCACAAGGAUCGGCUCUCUUACAAGCAGGACUUGUGGAGCUUUGAUCUCACACAGGUCGUCAGUCCUGAGCAGGAGAAGGGCCCUAUCAACCCCUAUGCGAUUGGCCCGCCGAAAACAUCGCCCGCUGUAACCACCCACGAGCUGGAGCUCGAGGUCGCCUGCCCAGAGGUUUGGCUCGGAGAGCGCGCCAAAGUGGCCGCCAACAAGCCAAAUAACUUUCAUGAGAUCACCCACACGUUCUUGGGCAAUCUGAGGGCCCUGGCCAAGCGCGCCAUCUGAGAAGAAAAAAAUUAUACUAACAAAUAAACAAAAACAAAUCUCUCUAUGCGACAAUUUUUUCUUCGUUACAAUGUAAGA